CAUAAUGUAGACGCCUUUAAACACCAACAACAAACAAUAACAGAGUCGGUCUUCAGCACGUGUGUUGAAUUUUAUAUAAUUACAAAAUUUCGUGGAAUAUUGAAAUCAGACAUGAUUCUGGAGGGUUGUCGUGGGAGUACUGGGAGUGAGGACCUACUGAGUGUACCUAGGGAGGAGAGAAGGCAGACAGCAGUAAGAGAGACAGUGAGUUACCACAACCUGUGUAAGAAGUACUUACUGUGGGGCAGUAAAGAUGUCACUCGUCAGUACUGUAACAUGUAUGCUGCCAGACUCACCAAGAUGACACCCAAGGUGCAGGCUAGGGCAGCAACCAUCUGGGGUGAUGCCAGCUUGAAGCAACUACAUGAGCUGAGUGAGAUGUGUGGAAAGUGCUUUAUUAUUGGCACACUAUUUAAACGCCAAGAACUCAAACCAUCUAUACUGAAGGAGAUAUCAGAGGAACACCACUUGAUGCCCCAGCCUGUUGCUGAGAAGUAUGUGAGCAGUGAAGAUGAAAUUAUUCUGGAAGAUGAAGUGCAGAGAAUACAGCUUGCUGGUAACAUAGAUGUGGCUAAUCUUGUAACAGGUUUGGUUUGUGCUGUGCUUGGCAAGGAAGGAGAUGGAGGAAAAUUUAUAGUGGAAGACAUCUGCUUCACAGGUCUUCCUGCACCUGUUCCUCGGCAAAUUAUUGAAGAAGACAGGUAUGUGUUGAUAGUGUCAGGACUGGAGCUCAGUUCAUCAGUUGACAGCCUCUUGAUUUUAGAACUGUUGGUGGAUUAUGUAUCAGGCCACCUGGGACACUCAGAAGAGCAAGCAGCUGUGGCUCGGAUCUCCAGAAUGAUCAUUGCAGGUAACUCAGUAAGUAGUACCAAAGGAGAGAAGGAUAAGCCAGAUAAAGUCAAGCUUGUGAAGGAGCUGGAUGAUAUCCUCACACAGAUUGCGAGUGUCUGCCCUGUGGAUGUCAUGCCGGGAGAAUUUGACCCAGCAAACCAUGUGAUGCCCCAACAACCUCUUCACCGCUGUAUGUUUCCAAAGGCUGCGGUAUAUACCUCAAUGCAAAGUGUAACAAAUCCAUACGAGUGUGAGAUUGGUGGUCGGGCAUUUAUUGGAAUGUCAGGACAGAACGUAAAAGAUAUUAGUCGGUGUUCAACAAUUGAGGAUCCUCUCGACGUAAUGGAGCGACUCUGUGACUGGGGUCAUCUGGCUCCCUCAGCUCCAGACACACUUACGGCUUAUCCUUACUAUAAUGAAGAGCCAUUUGUAAUGGAUUUGUGUCCAGAUGUUAUGUUUACUGGAAACCAAGAAGCUUAUAGCACUCGCAUUAUGGAAGCUGAGGGCGGCCACAAGGUGACGUUAGUAAGUGUUCCACGUUUUAAUAGUACGGGCACGUGUGCCCUGGUGAAUCUUCGAAGCUUAGAGUGCCAGCCCUUGGCUUUCUCUGCUGACUCUUCAGACAUUAACAUUUCAAGCGGCCAAGAAGCAGAGAAAUGAACAAGUCCUAAGGAUAAUAAAAAAAUGUGUUCAAUACAGACUUAAAGUUUUAUUGUAUUUAAGAAAAAUCAAGUGUUAGAGUUGUUUUGCCACAGUGGCCAUUUCCCGCCACAGCAGGUCAGUAAUGUGUGCAUGAAGUCCUUGUGAAUUAUCAUUUUGAAGAUAUUUUAAGUGAAAUAAUUUGUUGACUUUGGCAACAGAUACAACAGUGGAUUCUGUUUAUCAAGAGACUGGGCUUUCAUAAUGACCAGUACAUUACUGAAUAAUAUUUUUGUAAUUCCAACAACAAAAUGGGGGAUUCAUAACUUUACAACACUACUGUAGUACGUCUCUUGAAGUAUUGUGUUCAUUAUUGUGGAAAUAUUUGUAUUGCACAGUGUCAUUUGCUGUCUUUAAUUUUUGUAAGUAAUAGUGUAGUUUUGAUACUGUAUUAGAAAUAAAAACACUCAGUAUUUGUAAAUUAUCUUGACCUAUAAAAUAAGUGAGAUGUAUAUAACCUAUGUUUUUUUUUUUUUUUUUUUUUUACAUUUUGUACUGAUAUACCUCAAAUACAUAUAUUGUUCAUCUACAGGAGAUAUACCUCAGUUAUAUUGUUUCUUUACAGGACAUUUGUAUUUUCCAUUUAAUACUGUGUCAGUCUGCAUUAUAAACUCCAUUCCAGUUUUUACAUUUUGUUGCUGUUACUUUAGAGUAAAAUGUCAGUAAUGAAAGAGACUGGUAUGUAGGAGCAAAUAAACAAUAAAGCUUCAUAGCGUGUAACAGAAUUCUCUAGCGCAUACUUCUAAGCUUAAGUUUUCUGAAGAAAUUCAACCCAUACAAUUUAUUUUUAACCCUUUGAGGGUUGAGACCCUUGCUCGCAAACUUACUCCCAAGGUCAAAGAAUUUAAAAAAUAUAUGUAUUUUCUUAGGAAAUGAUAGAGAAUUUUUUACCAAAUGUAAACCAAAAGCACAAAAUUUGAUGGAAAACCUAGGGAAUUACACUCGCAAAGUUAGCAGUCUUGGCGAUAUUUACGCAUCAGCAAUUACCCCCUUUUUGAGCUUGGUUUUGGGCCAGUUCCAUUGUUCCAGUCGACCAAAUUCAUAGCUGCUUAGCUAGAACUCCUUUUAUGAGUACAAGAACCUGCACAUUUAUCUAUUGCAACUACCAAAUAAAGUGAUCAGAAAUUACUAAUUUGGUCAAUUUCACACAAAAUUCAAGAAAGGCUAAUUUCAAAAUAGGGUCCAGAAUAAAUAAUGUAGACAUUCCUGACAUUAAAAUAACAUUUUCUCUGUUUGUUAGUCAUGUCUCCAGGACCCUCUUAUAUUAUGCUUGCUUUUCAUUUUGAAUUUUUAUUCACACAAAAAAAUAGAAUAUUUACUGUUAUUCAAACUACUGCAUAAUGGUAAUAAUGUAUAAAUAUUGUCAGUGCAUUCGUGAGUGCAUAUUAGACUGGCCAGUUGACAUGUAUUGGACGAAUGACGUGUUUUGUUUACUCUUGAACAUCGGCAAAAAUCGAACAUUUCCACUACUUUGUGCUCAAUUUCAAGCCUACUCUUAGUCUGUACACCACUCAAAAUCAUCUCUAUUUUUUGUAAUAUAUCUUCCAUUCUAUCAAACGAGACCAAGAAACCGAGAAUACAACCAUAAAAAACAAACAAAAAUACACCACAAAGUUGGUGUUUUACACCAAAAACACAGUUGCAGCUUUUUUUCUCAUUUUGCAUUGUGUGCUGCAGGAUUUUUUUUAUACUGCACACACUGACCAUGCAGACCCAGUCUCUCAUGUGUAGGUCUACUAGCUUUCUCCUGCAAGAUUGGAAGCUACUAGAACUUUGGCAUAGUAUUACGGGACCGACCCUGGCUUCAAAGCCGUAAUUUUACGGGACUGACCCUGAAAGGGUUAAAUAUACUGUACUUAUUCAGAAAUAAGAUGUGCUGUUGACCUUCACACUUGUGACCUAGCUAGUUCCUCAUAAGCCUUUGUAAGUCGGGUUGUUGUAAAUUGAGCCUUUAUUUGCCACAGAUACAUAACUACAUAAUCCAUGUUGGUUCGUUAACCCUUUCAGGGUCCAGACCCCUGAUCUGAAUUUCUUAUGAAAAGUAGAGAAUCUUUUUCUGAAGGUAAUGAAAUAAAAUGUGUGAAGUUUGAUGGAAAAUUGACAAAGUUAUGUCAUCACGAAUUUUGCUGCAUCAGCGAUAUUUACGCAUCGGCAAUUUUGCUGCAUCAACGAUAUUUACCCAUCAGCAAUUUUGCUGCACCAGCAGUAUUUAUGCAUCAGCAAUUUUGCCCACUUUGACUCCUAUUUUAGGCCAAUUACAUUGUUCCAGUUGACCAAAUUCUUAGCUGUUUUACUAGUAUGCCUUCUAUUUUAUCAAUUGAGCACAAGAAACUGCCCAAUCAACUAUUUCAACUACCCAAUAAAGUGAUCAGAAAUUAGUAAUUUGGCCAAUUUCACACAAAUUUUAAAAUAUUCCAGUUUCAAAACAGGAUCUAGAAUUAUCAAUGCAGGCAUUCCUGGCACUAAAAUAACAUUUCCUCUUUUCAUUAGUUAUGUUUCCAGGCUUUACACAUAAAUUCCAUUUUGAUUUUUUAUUCACACCAAUAAAACAGAAGAAUUACUGUUAUGCAGUAUUGUAAUAAUUGUAUACAAAAUAUCAGCGCAUUUGUGAACACAUAUUAGACCCACCAACUGACGUGUAUUGGACGCGUAAUGUGAUUUGUUUGCUCUUGAACAUUGGCAAAAAUCGAACAUUUGUGCUACUUUGAACUCAAUUUCAAGCUAUUUUCAGUUAUAAAACCAAUCAAAAUCAUCUCUUUUUCUGUAAUAUAUCUUCCAGUCUAUCAAUUGAGACCAAGAAACCAUGACUACAACCAUAAAAGCCAUACGAAAAAAUACAUCACAAAGUCGCUAUUUUAAUCCAAAAACGUGGUCGCAUUUUUUCUCAUGCACUGCAUGCUACAGGAUUUUUUUUAUAUGGUGCAUACUUACCACAUAGAUGCAUUCUCUCAUAUCUAAGCCCAUAUUUACUGCUCACAGCUUAUCUGAGUGAGCUGAGCUUAUGGCAUAGAGCUACAGCACUGACCCUGGCUUCAAAGCCAUAGAACUACGGCAUGGACCCUCAAAGGGUUAAUUAGUUACAGUGAUAUCUCUAUUUAAUCCUAGGAUUUGCUUAUAUAUCUUUGUAUUACAUAACUUUUGUAUUACAUAACUUUUGUUUCUAAAAGUAGAUAUUAAAGUCACCUAGAAUUAUUGUCUCACAGUUGGGUGUAAUUCUGAACUCUGCUAUUGCAAAGUGUUCUCAGAACUGAUUGGUUAUACUCUAAGUGAAGGGAAUGGUAACCAUCUGCUUCUAGUAUGAGUUUCUUCAUACCAUUAGUUUACCCCAUUAUUGUAGUACAAUUGGGUCUUGCAUUGUAUUCAAAGUAAUUUCUUAUGUAAAUGCAUAGCCCACCCCUCUAUUUGUCAUUCCUCCAAAUAUUUUGUGUUCUAAUCUUCUGUUAUCACAAUAAAAUCAAAAGUGAAAGGGCCACU